AUGGCGUUCAGUGAAGUGGAUGGAUAUCAAGCAGUACAAUACUGUUUUCCUCUCCACAACUCGUCUUGCGUUAAGAAGGAGCGAACCAUAGCAGAAAAUAUACUCCUGCACCUUUUUUUUUUCUCUGUGUCAUCAUUCACAGUGUUUGUGAAUCUGCUGGUGAUCAUCUCCAUCUCUCACUUCAAACAGCUCCACACUCCAACCAACCUGCUCAUCCUCUCUCUGGCUGUGUCAGAUCUCCUGGUUGGGAUUGUUGUGAUUCCAGUGGAGGGCAUCAAAGUCAUCGAGUCAUGCUGGUAUCUUGGUGAAACAAUGUGUUCAGUUUUUCAUGGGAUUGUUUUCUCUGUCAUUUUUGCAUCUCUAUACAAUUUAGUCAUCAUAGCUGUUGACAGAUAUGUUGCUGUUUGUGAUCCUUUACUCUACAUUUCAAAAAUAACUAUUGGAAAAACAUUGACUUCUAUAUUCCUAACCUGGAUAUUUUCUUUUAUAUAUAAUCUUGUUAUUCUAUACUGUAAUGGUCAAUGGUAUCGUUCUCAGGCACACAAGAACUGCCAUGGAGAAUGUGUGUUGAUUAUCAGUUUUACAUGGGGAAUUAUUGACCUUUUUGUCUCCUUUGUUGCACCUUGUUCUGUUAUUAUAUGCUUAUACAUGAACAUUUUCAAAGUGGCAAGAAUUCAAGUAAAAGUGAUGAAUAUCACAACCAGGAUCAAGAUGUCAGAGAGUAAGGCAACCAAAACACUGGGGGUUGUGUUAUCGGUGUUCCUCGUCGGUUGGAUCACAUAUUACGUUGGUUCACUUUCUGAGGACUACCUGGCACAUUCAGAUGUCAUCAUAGCAUUUCUCUCCUGGGUUGUGUACAUUAAUUCAUUCCUUAACCCUCUGAUCUAUGCAUUGUUUUACCCAUGGUUCAAAACAGCAGUAAGACACAUCUUAACCUUACAUAUCCUGGCACCCUCAUCCUCCUUAAUAAAUCUCUUUCCAGAAAAUUGUUAGAUUGUAUUUAAAAAAAAAUGAGUGGCCUUGUAGGUACACACUGUAUAACAUGUUGUGUUAUAGAAAGUUAUGUAAUAUGUUAUUGCUUAUUGCUGCAUGUUUGUAUUGAUGACUUAGGGCCCAAUUAAAUGGAUUGGUUAUACUGUAAAAGAAAACAGCACUGCAGGUUUACUAAGAAUGUUGACAUUGUAUCCUAAGGACAGCUGUUGUUCUGUGUCAUUAAAAAUGACAACAGGAACAACUCAAGUGUGUUGGUUUUAGCGUGGUUAACCGCUCCAAUACAACAUUCUGAAUGAAUCAACCGUGUAAUUUUCCCUCAGCAAUUUAUUAUAUUUGGACAACAAGUUUUAAUGCAAGGAUAUCAUUAUUAUGUAGAGAAAGAGAUGGCUUUAAAAUACUAGCCAUGUAAUAACAGACACACAGCACCGUGGUGCCAUUCAUUCAGUAGGGUCAGACAGAUUUCUAGACAGAGAAAAGUGUAAUCAGAAUGACAAAACGCAAAGUGAACUCUCACAGACAGAUAUGUAUUGCUUUUGUUGGUUACAUACGUGUAGAUGAUCAAAAUGAAGCUGUACUGUAUGCUAGCUAUUGAUAAUUGAGUUAGUAUAAGUGCAACUUAGCUGUUUGACUUUGAAUUUUCUUUUAUAUUGUGUUCAAUUAUAGAAACCAAACCUAAAGGUAUUUUCCCGUAAUUUACUUGACCAAACUGGAUUAAAAAAGUGUCUUCCAAGUGGCGCAGUGGUCUAAGACUGCAUCUCAGUACUAGGGACGUCACUACAGACAACCU